GAAAGGAGGGCCCGCCAGGAAGCUUAGGGCACCAUCUAACCCCUGGGCUCCUGGCUCGUCCCUUAUUCUGGUAGAGCCCUUCUACCUUCCCGCGACUCCGCGGGUGGGCCGGAAGCCUCUCGGCUAGUUCAUUUCCCAACUAGCGGGUUGCACCAUCCCGGGGCAGGACCGUUUAACCCCGGGAGUGGCAGCAGCAGGCAACUCCGCCCCUGCCCAGCAGGGGGCGUGCCUGCUCCGCCCCGUUCCUAUGCGCCCCGCGCUCCCUCGGUGCCUCCGCUGACUCCCACUCUGCUUCUCCCAGGACAAGGGUAGGGUUCGAGCCCCGUGGGAGGCUUUCGGACCGUAGCUCGGGCCCAGCCCACCGGCACCGGCGGCCAUGGCGAGCACUCUGGACUUGGACAAGGGUUGCACGGUAGAGGAGCUGCUCAGAGGCUGCAUCGAAGCCUUUGAUGACUCCGGAAAGGUGCGAGAUCCGCAGCUAGUGCGCAUGUUUCUCAUGAUGCACCCCUGGUACAUACCUUCCUCUCAGCUGGCCGGGAAACUGCUCCACUUCUAUCAGCAAUCCCGGAAGGACAACUCCAAUUCUCUACAGGUGAAAACGUGUCACCUGGUCAGGUACUGGAUCUCAGCAUUCCCUGCAGAGUUUGACUUGAACCCAGAGCUGGCUGAGCAGAUCAAAGAGCUGAAGGCCCUGCUAGACCAAGAAGGGAGCCGAAGGCACAGCAGCCUCAUCGACAUCGAGAGCGUCCCCACCUACAAGUGGAAGCGGCAGGUGACCCAGCGGAACCCCGUGGAACAGAAAAAGCGCAAGAUGUCCCUGCUGUUUGACCACUUGGAGCCCCUGGAGCUGGCAGAGCAUCUCACCUACUUGGAGUACCGCUCCUUCUGCAAGAUCCUGUUCCAGGACUAUCACAGCUUUGUGACUCACGGCUGCACCGUAGACAACCCCGUCCUGGAGCGGUUCAUCUCCCUCUUCAACAGCGUCUCACAGUGGGUCCAGCUCAUGAUCCUCAGCAAGCCCACAGCCACACAGCGGGCACUGGUCAUCACACACUUCGUGCAUGUGGCAGAGAAACUGCUGCAGCUGCAGAACUUCAACACACUGAUGGCUGUUGUUGGAGGCCUGAGCCACAGCUCCAUCUCACGCCUCAAGGAGACCCACAGCCACGUCAGCCCUGAGACCAUCAAGCUCUGGGAAGGUCUGACAGAAUUAGUGACAGCCACUGGCAACUACAGCAACUACCGGCGCAGGCUGGCAGCCUGCGUGGGCUUCCGCUUCCCUAUCCUGGGUGUGCACCUCAAGGAUCUGGUGGCCCUGCAGCUGGCGCUGCCUGACUGGCUGGACCCGGGUCGGACCAGGCUCAAUGGAGCCAAGAUGAGGCAGCUUUUUAGCAUUCUGGAGGAGUUGGCCAUGGUGACCAGCCUGCGACCUCCAGUGCAAGCCAACCCUGACCUGCUGAGUCUGCUCACGGUGUCCCUGGAUCAGUACCAGACAGAGGAUGAGCUGUAUCAGCUCUCCCUGCAGCGUGAACCACGCUCCAAGUCAUCGCCAACCAGCCCCACCAGCUGCACCCCGCCUCCCCGACCUCCUGUGCUGGAAGAGUGGACCUCAGUUGCCAAGCCUAAGCUGGACCAGGCCUUGGUGGCAGAGCACAUAGAGAAGAUGGUAGAGUCUGUGUUCCGGAACUUCGACGUCGAUGGGGAUGGUCACAUCUCCCAGGAGGAGUUCCAGAUCAUCCGGGGCAACUUUCCUUAUCUCAGCGCCUUUGGGGACCUGGAUCAGAACCAGGAUGGUUGCAUCAGCCGGGAGGAGAUGAUCUCCUACUUCCUGCGCUCUAGCUCGGUGCUGGGCGGCCGCAUGGGCUUCGUACACAACUUCCAGGAGAGCAACUCGCUACGCCCGGUUGCCUGUCGCCACUGCAAAGCUCUGAUCCUGGGCAUCUACAAGCAGGGCCUCAAAUGCAGAGCUUGUGGUGUGAACUGCCACAAACAGUGCAAAGACCGCCUGUCCGUGGAGUGUCGCCGCAGGGCCCAGAGUGUGAGCCUGGAGGGCUCUGCACCCUCUCCCUCACCCACACAUACCCACCAUCGGGCCUUCAGCUUCUCCCUGCCUCGCCCAGGCAGGCGCAGCUCCCGGCCCCCAGAGAUCCGAGAAGAGGAGGUACAGACAGUGGAGGACGGAGUGUUUGACAUCCACUUAUAAGAUGCUGUGACUAUCAAGGACUCAUUCCUGCUUUGGAAGACUCGGAGCACAGCAGGGGGACUGGCAUUCCGGGGCAGGAGACUGGGCUGAGGGUGGGGGCUGAGGGUGGCAUGCACUGAGGUCAGGGCCAGGGCUGGCGUCCCUAAGGUUGUACAGGUUCUUGUGAAUAUUUGUAUCUUCCAGAUGGAAUAAAAAGGCCCGAAUAAUUAA